AUGAGCCCUGAAUAUCAGAAAAAUCAAAAUGUGCGCCUCAAAGAGCGACUAUGUCAGGUCACUUGGGGCUGGUACUCGAUGUCCAUGGCUACAGGUGGUAUUGCGGUUCUGCUCUAUAACACACCUUACCAAUUCGCCGGCCUCGAAACCAUUGGGAAGAUUGUAUACAUCUUCAAUUUGGUUCUUUUUCUCUCAAUAACUCUUAGCUUGGGCUUCCGUUUCCUUACCAAGUCAUCGGCCCUGAAGGAAUCCUUCCAGCACUCAAACGAGACCCACUUUGUAGGCACUUGCCCUUUGGCGUUUGCAACUAUCAUCAUCGGAGCUGAGAGCUACGGUACAAGUGCUUGUGGACCAUGGCUCCAAGCCGUCCUACACAUCAUCUUUUGGAUCUAUGUCGCUAUCUCCAUCAUUGAGGCUGUCUUCCACAAUUGGUAUCUGUAUCACCAUAGCAUGGCCAGUCAACAGCCAUUUGCACUGGUCCGACUACUACCUUCCUUCCCAGCCAUGCUUUCCGGUACAAUUGCGUCGGUUCUCGCAUCCAAGCAGCCCCCAAAGCACGCCUUGCCCAUUAUCAUUGGCGGCACAACAUUACAAGGGUUCGGGUUCCUGAUGUCUUUGUUCGUCUACGGAGAAUACUUCUACCGCUUGAACAAAAGCGGCCUUCCGAAACCAGCUGAGCGACCGGAGAUGUUCAUCGCUGUGGGUCCAUGGAGCUUCACAGCUCUUGCCCUGAUCGGCAUGGCGAAAGCAGCGGUGGAGAAGUUUCCGUCCCGAUACAUAAUAUCUUAUGCGGAUUCGUCUUCUAGUGAAACUAUCACUGUGACGACUGGGGAUAUUGUUCUGGUCAUUGCCGCCCUAGCGGGGGUUUUCUUGUGGGCGAUCGCGUUUUUCUGUCUUUGUAUCGCAAUAGCCAGCGUGUUGGCGCUCUGUAAGCUUUGUGGAGGUGCUGGGGCACCUGGCAUGUCGCUUCCGUAUUGGAGUAUGGUGUUUCCGAAUACUGGGUUCGUGAUUGCGACAAUAAGGAUUGGACAGGUGUUGCAGUCUGAAGCGGUGCUGUGGGUUGCUUCCGCUAUGACUAUCUUGCAGGUGGCAAUAUGGCUGAUUGCAAGUGUGGCAACUAUAUGGGCUGUAUGGACACGGCGGAUGUUGUGGCCUGAAGAUGCAGAGCCAGACGAAAGAGAAAAGGAAUGUUAA